AUGGCAGCCAGACUCAAGCUCUGCCAUCUUCAUGGCAGGGGCAGGAUGGAGUCCAUCCGCUGGCUGCUGGCUGCAGCUGGAGUUUCCUUUGAAGAAGAAUUUCUUGAAACAAGAGAACAAUAUGAAAAGUUGCAGAACGAUGGGCGCUUGCUUUUCGGCCAAGUGCCUUUGGUUGAAAUGGAUGGAAUGGUGCUGACACAGACUAGAGCCAUCCUCAGCUAUCUUGCUGCGAAGUACAACUUCUAUGGGAAGGACCUGAAGGAAAGAGUCAGGUACCAUAGUAUCAACAUGUACAUUGAUGGCACCCAGGACCUGAUGAUGAUGAUAAUUAUGGCCCCCUUCAAAUCCGCUGAGGAAAAAAAGGAGACCCUUGCUUCUAUCAUGCAGAAAGCUAAAACCCGGUACUUGCCUGGCUUUGAAAAGAUUUUGAAUGACCAUGGAGAGGAUUUUCUUUUUGGCAACAAAUUCAGCUGGGCAGACAUAUAGCUGUUAGAAGCUAUUUUAAUGGUGGAAGAACUCAAUGCUUGUUCUGACUUCCCUCUACUAAAGGCUUUUAAAACAAGAAUCAGCAACACCCCUACAAUUAAGAAGUUCCUGCAGCCUGGGAGUCAGAGGAAACCACCCCCUGAUACCCACUACGUUGACUGUGUCAGGAACAUAGUGCUGCUCUAA